GUAAGGCUGCCGUGGCAGGGUCAUGCUUUCAUUUGUGUGUUGAACAAGCUCAAGCUUACAAGCAGCAGUUGUUUGGCAAAGGAGGCUGCUGGAGGAAUAAAUGCCAGCAUGACUAGGAUCUGAGGAAGCAUCUCCGUAUUCCUACCGAAAGUUCGCGGGUGCAGAGGAGGGGUGCAAGGACAACAGGGACAUUUUGAGCUAAAAUGGAUAUCCCCACCAAUUUGGUGCCGUCCUCCAUGAUGUCGCAACCUGAAGUGAUUGAGUCCACAGCCAUGAGUGAACCACAGUGCUACUACAAUGAAACCAUUGCCUUCUUUUAUAACCGGAGUGGAAAAUAUCUAGCCACUGAAUGGAACACUGUCAGCAAGCUCGUAAUGGGCUUGGGGAUUACCGUCUGCAUCUUCAUCAUGCUGGCCAACCUCUUGGUUAUGGUGGCUAUUUAUGUCAACCGCCGAUUCCACUUUCCUAUUUAUUACUUAAUGGCCAACUUAGCUGCUGCGGACUUUUUUGCAGGGCUGGCCUACUUUUACUUAAUGUUUAACACAGGACCCAACACUAGAAGAUUGACUGUAAGCACCUGGCUUCUCCGUCAGGGUCUCAUUGACACUAGCCUGACGGCUUCUGUAGCCAAUCUGUUGGCCAUCGCUAUCGAGCGGCACAUUACAGUCUUUCGCAUGCAGCUACAUACUCGGAUGAGCAACCGGCGAGUGGUGGUGGUAAUUGUUGUUAUCUGGACUAUGGCCAUCGUAAUGGGCGCCAUACCAAGUGUCGGAUGGAACUGUAUUUGUGAUAUCACUCACUGCUCCAACAUGGCACCGCUCUAUAGUGACUCCUACCUGGUCUUCUGGGCUAUUUUCAACCUGGUCACUUUCGUGGUCAUGGUGGUCCUAUAUGCUCAUAUCUUUGGGUAUGUCCGCCAAAGGACUAUGAGAAUGUCCAGACACAGUUCUGGACCCCGCAGGAAUCGGGACACGAUGAUGAGCCUCCUGAAGACUGUGGUCAUUGUGCUUGGUGCUUUCAUAAUCUGCUGGACCCCGGGAUUAGUCUUGCUGCUCCUCGACGUCUGCUGCCCGCAGUGCAAUGUCCUGGCCUACGAGAAGUUCUUCCUGCUCCUGGCCGAGUUCAACUCCGCCAUGAACCCCAUCAUCUACUCCUACCGGGACAAGGAGAUGAGCGCGACCUUCAAGCAGAUCCUCUGCUGCCAGCGCAGCGACAACGCCAACGGCCCCACCGAAGGCUCGGACCGCUCGGCGUCCUCGCUCAACCACACCAUCCUGGCCGGCGUCCACAGCAAUGACCACUCGGUGGUGUAAAGCCCCCCGCCAGCCAGCCGCACGGCCAACAAAGCCACCCCGGGGAGGUAACCCACUCGUAAAGGUUUUUUUGUUGUUGUUUUUUUUUUUCUUUUUCUCAAACACUAAUGGACUACGAGCGCUUCUCUUCCAGGCAGCCCGGCACAGCAGCUGGUGCCGGGACCGGCCGUGCUGCCAGGCCUUUGCCUUCUGCUCGCAGAAGGUGGGAAGCAGACGCCUUGCAGCCACGCUCACCCCUGAGAAGCCUCGCUGAGACUUCGUCGGCCCUCGCGGCGUCUUGGUGCCAGUCUGAAUCAACUCUGAUUAAUUAAGCUUAUACCUGCUUCACUGCAUUUACAUGUAGCCACUUAGUCUUUUUAAAAAGGGAGUAAAGGGGAUAAAAGUAUGCCUUUCAUUUAAUAGACAUGUAAUAUUUAUCACCAUCAGCAUGCUUUUGAUGAACAUUUUCUGUGCAGGGAGUAAAACUGUGCUCUAGUCUUUGUAUCCUUAGCCACACUGCCGUAACUACAGUAAAAACAAAAGUAUUUUUUCUAAUACAGGCAACAGGAAGAUGAUGGAAACUGACUCUUCCUACCUUCGUUACUGGUGUUAGAGAGCAUGCAUGUUCUGUGUGUAUGCAGAUUGUUUUAAUUAUGGGAAGAAAAAAAAAAGCUUGUUGUAAAGUCUGCAGGAAAGUAGAAAAGCAUAGACUGUAUUCCAGUGUUUGUUUAGAUUAUGAAAUAAACAAUACUCUAGUCACAAGGUAUUUAAUGUUCUUCUUUGAAGUGUGGUAUGAAAUGUGUAACAUGUGAGGGGUCCCAAGUUUUUCAGGGUCAAGUUCUUAAAGUAGGACACAUCUCUAGGGCUCUUCAAGGGCUACAGUCAUGUUGGUAAGUUUAAAAAAAAAAACAAAACACAUAUUUUUGCUGUUGGAAUGCUUUUCUUGUUCAUGAUGGAACGAAAUGGGAUUUUUAACAUGAAAAAAAUAUAUACAUUUUUAAAAAACUUUUCUUCUAAUUAGAAACACAACAACUUCUGUGUUUUGCACUGAGAAAUGUUUGUAGGGUAUCUCCUAAAUUAUUUACCCUGCAUUUCAGAAGCAGUGGGCUGCUAAGAAUGAAGGUACAAUUUUAUUUUGUAAAGUCAAGACCAAAUAUGUCGUAGUCUAUUGCAAAUGACUGAACCAUUCUAUAUAAUAGUCACAUAUGCACAUUGCUAUGAAAAGCUAAGCUGACAGACAGAUACUUUCAUAUGUAGCUGUUUCAAAGAGAAAUGCCACUAAUGUGAAUUUCAAUUCCCAAGAAUCAGUGAUGUUAAUCAAAAUUUCUUGAUGGGAACAAACAUGAGCAAAGAUGGGAUCUUGCAGACAAAGAACUUGGGACCUUCCUCUGGGAAACUGUGUGUUCUCCUAACAAUGUAAAAUAUAUCAACAGUAAAUUUCUAAGACCAUUUUCCUUAUAGUAAUAUGUCUCUAUAGCAAAAAAAAAAAAAAAAAAGUAAAAAAUGUGAGGUGUAUCAGUCAAUGUAAUGUAUUGGAAUGUAACAUACGGGACUAUAUUCUCCCAUGUGGGCAGGGAAGAAAUGGAGAUGAGAGGGUCAGCUUAACUCAAAGCAGAAUUUUUAGCAUCUCUGUUUAAAAUCAUGGGAAAAAGUUGCUCAGAAAAGGCAGUUCCUUGCUGAGAGAGGGAAAAACAGCAAGUGAGCAAAACCUGUCCCCACUAAACACAGUGAGAGUUUUGCCACUGCUUUCAGUAAAACUGAAAUUCACUUGUACUGUUAAGCCAAAUUUGUACAGACACUGUGGAAGGAGGAGUGGGAAGAGGGGAUAAAUGAAGCAUUAUCUGCCAUCUGAUCAAGGUAUCAAAUGUUGCACUUCCUUUGGACAAAGCAGAGGUCUUUAUCUGAUCGUGUUUAAAAGCAAGUGAAUCUAAAGGUUGAUUUGUGUUUUAUUCACGUGACUGUAGUGAGAAAGAGAACAGGCUGUAUGAAAUUUUUCAUGUAAAAGCAUCUGCCUGCAAAGCCACUCAUAAUGUUUCUUGGUGCCUGCAUGAUGGCUGAGCUAGUGCAGGUCAGCAGAAGAAAGGAGAGUGCCUCCAAAGAGAGAGGACAUCUCACAAACACUUUUUUAUUAUUUUUUUCUUAUCUAAAAAGUGCUCCGAGUCACUUUCUUCCCUGAAUCUAGGGAGAGCACUUUUUCCUGUCCCCCGCUUCCUCACUAAAGAGGAGCAUCAUAGACACUUUAUUUUGGGGGUAGUCUUCCUUUUCCCAGUGUCCUUUUAACUGCUGUUUGCAUGUUCUUCACAGAGUCUGUCCUGGAUAAGUUGGGAGGGUGAUGUUAAGAAAUAGCAGUGUUUUGUUCACCCCAGUUUUCUGUGCUGGGAGUGCGCGGUGGUUUUGGAGAAGCAGUGGGUGAAUAACUUAAUGGGGAGCGCGAUCGUUCAUGACAUGCUGGUGGGUCCAGAGACCCGACGUGAAGACAGAUGCCCAAGGAGGCUCUUGUGUACUCGUUACCAUUGCAACAGGUGGCAGGUGCUGCCCAGGUACAUCGAUCAGACGUUCUCCAAGGAGGCACUCGACAAUUCAAGAAGCUGGACCUUUCGAACUCCUAACAGCAGCUAAAUUUCAGCCGUGGGGUAGAUUAAUCCAGGAGCACUUCUGGCAGCAUGGGGCUUUUUUUUCUAGAAGGUGAAGUGCAAUGCUUUAGAUCAAAGGCAACAGGAUGCAAAAGUUGCUUCUAAGAUUCCACUAGAGAAACUAACUGAGCAUGUGGCUGCUGUUUAAAGAUUUAAUUAGUGCUUUGUUUUAUUGACGUGAUCUCCCUAUAUCCUUGAGAAAUCUGAUCUGUGGAUUGAGUGUUUCUUUGCAAGCUAAUGAAAUUAAAGCUGCUGUGAGCAAAGAGAAUAAAAUCAAGAGCUUGGAA